GCGACGUUCCGACGAAUCGUUUGCACGAUAUUACGCAACACCCCGACGAGUGUUGUGAAUUUCAACGACUCCAUUCUUCGACACAUUAUACGCGAGAGGUAGUUGUGUUCUUCGAGAAGACACAGAACGUAAACCAGUGCCUGAACAUGCACGGAUUCUUCUUUAAUAUAAUUGUUAGUUUAAAAGAAAAAUAUAAUUCUACAUUGGAAGACGUUUGGAUACCAGGAUCCAGAUGAUAUGCCUGUGUGCGGAUUCUACGAAUCGGGAGUGGGGGUAUCGGUGCCUUGUGGGCUACCCUAUAUAAGGUUUGCGCUCUCUCAUCUUCUCUCGGUUGUUCCCCAAUUCGGGCAACUUCUCCAAGACUUGGCAAACCGCACACUCUCACAAGUGAGCGCAAAACCUAGCCCCGCCGACGAGCAGCAGCAGAUCAGCGCAGAUUCAGCAGGAAGACUUCGCCGAGAUCCAGCAAUCCGCAAGAAUAAGAUCAAUCUAAUAUCGAUCGAAGCCCAUCGUCGAGUACGAAGAUUUCUCAUCUAACUCCAUCAACAAGCCAGAUUCACCCAACUGCGCCGACAUCGUAGAAUGGUAGAGAGUGAAUCCAACUCAAAGCACAAUCAUAAGUGUGAUGUAAAAGACGAGCGGCUAAACGGCUGUGGCUCAAAGGAUCUCGAACUUGCCCGUAUUGGAACAAAGGGCAAGACCCUAGAUCCAGAGAAAGGAUCCUUCGUUAAAGCAGAUUUCGAGAAAGCUAUUGAACUUACCGACUAUGGCAAGUUUCACUACUUCCUCCUCACAGUAUGUGGCUUCGUCAGCACCAGCGAGGAGAUGGACGUAAUUUCUAUGUCCUUCAUCCUCCCAAGUGCACAAUGUGAUUUGAAGCUCGAUACCCAAGCCAAGGGAUGGCUCAACUCGAUCAUCUUCAUCGGCAUGAUGGCAGGGGCGUACGCCUGGGGCUCUGUCGCAGAUGCCCUGGGACGUCGGAAGGUUUUAAUUGCCAUCUCCUUCACCAACGCCCUUUGCAUCGUAGCCUCCAGCUUCAGCCAGUCCUAUGAACUCUUCAUGUUCUUUCGUUUUCUUAACGGCGCUGCCCUCGGAGGCAGUGGACCGGUCAUCUGGUCUUAUUUCGCUGAAUUCCAGCCGAAGUCUAAGCGAGGCUCGAUGCUGUCCUUCAUGGCUGCCUUCUGGACGCUUGGAAAUCUGUUUGUUGCUGGUUUAGCAUGGUCGAUCAUCCCUAAUGACAUCGGUAUCACGAGUACGGCGUUCACUUAUAAUUCUUGGCGAAUCUUCCUGCUGAUCUGCGCUGCUCCGUCGUUUAUCGUCGCGGGGCUACUCCUGCUGCUCCCUGAAUCCCCUAAAUACCUCCUCUCCUGUGGAAGAUACGAGGAGGCACUCGAUAUCUUCCGUGGGAUUUAUGCCAUUAACACUGGUAAACCACGUGACAGUUACACGGUAAAAGAAUUGAUCUUGGACGACUUCCGUGAACCGGAACCGACCAAGGAUGGCAUCGAAAAGAACAAAUGUAAAACAAUGCUUAGCGAUAUUGUAGACAAUAGUAAACAACUGUUCGUUUCACCGAUACUUCGCUUCACUAUCAUCUCCAUCAUCAUCAACUUUACUUUUCACAUCGGUUAUUACGGUCUUAUGAUGUGGUUCCCCGAACUGUUCAAUCGCUUCGACGAAUUCCAUCGCGAUCAUCCUGGUGAGGUCGCCUCCAUAUGUCAGGUGACCGACUAUGUUGUUCAAAAGGGUUCUUACAAUGUUGAGAAUCUUUGCUCGGAUAAAAUUGGUGCCUCCGUCUUCAUGGAAUCAUUAAUCACAGUGGCGUCUGCUAUUCCAGCAAAUAUCAUUGCUGUUUUGGGAAUGGACCGUCUUGGACGUAAAUUCUUCCUUGUUUUUAGUACACUGUCGUCAGGGCUGUGCUCAAUCGGGCUGUACUUCGUGUACAAUAAACAACAUAAUCUCAUCGUAUCAGCCUUUUUCAGUGGUGUAAUAAGCUGUGGUAACGCGGCCUUAGACUGUCUCAUAACAGAGGUUUUCCCAACUCAUCUGCGUGCCACAGGAAUUGCCAUCUCCAUGGUGGCAGCACGUCUUGGUGGAAUCAUUGGGAAUAUCGUAAUAGCUCAACUCUUGGACAUGUACUGCCCAGCACCAACCUUCAUCGUUGCUGCUCUUUUAAUUGGUGGAGGAUUAUUGUGCUUAUUUUUACCAAACACAACGCGUGAACCACUUUCUUGAUACCAGUGGAGAAUUACACCAGACCUGACUAACCAAUGUGCAAUCAUAAAUGCAUUCAAGUUUAGGAACUUAAAAAGUCUUAAAGCAACACAUUAUAAACAUCCAUCUCCGUUCACAUUCAGUUCAUUAUAAACAUGCGUAUUGAGCUCCACAUUCCUAUUUUACAUAUCAAGUUCAAAUGGCAAUAAAGUAGUAUUAGCAAUUAGAACAUGUAGUAGAUAGUAGAUUAUAUAUGUAUAUGAUACGAAUGUGAAUUCGUAUGACACUUUCUUUACAAGAAGACAGAGAUUUCAGAUACAUAAUUUCUAUGUAUUUUCAUGGAUUAGGAUAUUAAGACCUGAAAAUGUGUAGAUUUUGUACACUGAUAUUAAAUGUAUUAUGUAGAUAUGGCACUUUGUAUCUGACAGUGUAUUCCAUCAUAUUUACAAUAUUUUGCCAUGUACUUUUGUACCUUUAUCGUUUGAGAAUAUUUUAAUACAGUCAUCAAUGUUA